GCCACCGUAUCAUCUGCUGAAGUUGCCGGCGGCACAUGCGCACUUUGUUGUUUACAGCCAAAACUUUCUCGAAGCUAAAGCUGAAAUAAUGGCCAAAGGAGGAGACCGCAGUGCUCAGGACAUUUAUUAUCCCUCAAAGAAGACAAAGAGGGAACACGUGCAGGAAAAAGUGUCUGUGAAAGGCAGCAACGCUUCAAAUCUCAUGACACAUCUGCGUGACCAUCACCCACAACUCUACAGUCAACGCAAGGCAAGUUAGCGUUAGCGUUUUAGCUAAAAUGCGUGAUCCGAGGAUUUGGGUUGAGGGAGAAUGCAACGAGUCGCUAUAUAAAGCAGCCGCAGCGCCGCUACCUUCAUAUAAACCGUGUCGUGGACACCCCCAUGUUGAAAUGACGCUAUGCAUUACGGGGAUCCAGGGACAGAUAAGAGUUGGUUUCUCUCCGAGAAUAAUUAUGAAUUUAUCAAUGAUUACUGCCUGAUGACAUUUCCCCACAUCUGCAAAGCUCACUGGAAGGACACAAACCGAGGACAAUAUUUUCCUGAUACAGGGUUUAUUACUCAAGUAAGGGUAAAAAAAAAGUAUCUGAUUAGAAGGCUACUUAAGUACUGAGUAUCAUCUGAUCUAAACUUUUUUAAAUGAUGACAUCAAACAGACAAAAAAUAAGAAGUUAUGGGCAAAUAUUGGUAUUUUAAAGACUAAAGGGGAAAUAUGUAAACAAAUAAACAACAUAAUUACAAAAUAACAAAUUGUAGGCAAAAUUUAGACAAACUGAGGACAAUAUUUUCCUGAUAUACAGGGUUUAUUUAGUUUCUUGAAAAUUUUACAUGUUUAAAAAAAUACCGCAAUAAUACUGUAAACCGUGAUAAUUUUGGUCACAAUAACCGUGAGGUUAAAUUUUCACAACGUGACAACCCUAGUUUGAGGUUGUCACCGUCUGUCAAGGGGAAAGAGUAAUAAGACAUAAUUAGGAUGCAGUUUAAGUUUUAAUAACUUUUAUUUCUAUCUAAUACAUUUCUAACUUUCCCUUCAUGUAAAGAUACAGAAAACAUUCUUAGUGAGUUUAAACUAGUGUCUCAUUCAGCUUUUUAACUUUCAGUGCAGUUUUAAAUAUUUGAAAGAAUUCUAUUACAAUAAUGUCCGUCUGUGAACAUCAGAGUGGUAGAGGACAAACGAAUCUUCAUGAGAAACAUUUUUAACUUCAUUUGUCCAUGCAGCUCUUUAACUCGCUCCAACUCCAGUUACUAAUCCAUCCCAACUAGAGGAAGCUGUUUUUAUUCUGAGACGACCAUGGUGAGUUUAGAGAUGUAGAUCAUUUGACAGACAGCAGCAGCAUUUGGCAUAUCAUCAGUAAAGUAAAAUGUGAUCAUGAACAUGAGUAAUUAUUUCAUUUUUUCAGUUAAGCCACAUGAUGCUGACUUCCGUGACCUGCUCAAGCAUGCUACACACUCAGGAUAACCAUGGUAACACGACGUGUCUUCCAGAAUAACCAGAGCUGAAUCAGGACGUCUGAACAACAGAACCUUCACAACAUUGGUACUUACUGCAGGACUGUUCAUUUGCAUCUGUUAAAUAAUUUACCACUUAUGGUCAGGUUGGGAUUAGAGUCUUUACUUGAAGACAGAACAAGAAGAAUUAUUAACAAUGAAAUAUCAGCAUGAAUAAAUAACUAGAUCAUUAAUUAAAAAGUUUCAGGUCAAACUGCUGCCUUUGCAUUCAUGUCCAUCUUCAUGUAUUCACAUGAUCCUGAGUGGUGAUGAGCAACAAUCAGUUGGUUGGAAGCAGCUGGUCUGGUCAGUGAUGGAGUAAAUGCUGGUAAGUGGAGUGGUGCAGCUGGCUGGGUGAUGGGGCCUUUUACAGGAUCACUGGUAUUAAAAGGAAUGGUAAGGGAGCUAAAAUCCCUCCAAAAACACCACCCAUCUGUACUGGUGCUGGAGCGUUGGUGGGGGUUUGCAUGUUGUGGUGCUAGAUUAUGUGUUUCUUUGUUUUUGUCUCUUUUCAUCUGGGUUCUGGUGUCAGAGAGAGGGAUCCUCUAGUCCUGAAGAAGUCUGGAGCUUGCUGAGCUCACUGAAGCAGAAGUUCUUUUGUGGGGUCUCGUGAGACUAAAACAUGUCAAUGCCGACUGUAAAUGUUUGUGCAGGUUGAACUUAUCACACAGUUUUCUGUUAUUAUGAUCUCUGGCUUUUAAUGAAGAAAUAAAUAAAAAAUGUUUUUCUUUUUGACUCACAUAUGUUGUUUUCUAAUAAGGUUUUAACCAGAAAUAGCUUUAUUUAAAUUAACAUUUUAAUAAAUUUGUUACUAUUUUACACUAGUUGUUAGGCUGGAAGCACAAUCAGCAGGGUUAUAGAUGCAUUUACAACCACACGUUUUCCCCCCAAGUCAUUAAAAACGUGUUUUAAAUGAGUUUAGAUCAUCUCAUGUUCCAUCUGACAGCAGGCAGAGAGAACAGACAGACUGAAGAUUAAAUCCUGGAAACAGUUAUCUCUCCUGCUUGGUAGAUCUGAAGGAACUACUGACAUUAAAGUUUAUAUUAAGACAAAAAGAAGAGCAUCUAUGCUAGCAUGCAGAGAACAGAAGCUCUCAAAUUAUAAACCACAUUCUUUCAUUGAUAGGUGUAUUCUAUAAACACUCAUUUUUAUACAAUUAUACCUAUUUUAGCUAAAUACGAUCUGUAACCCACGUGUUUUCUACGUUUUGUUUGCAAUAUACCUUUUAAAAAUAUAAAGCUGAUAAAUGUUUGUGGCGCUCCAAAAAAAUGCUUUGAUAAAAUACAUAAUUAGUGUAAUAAUAACCAUACAUUAUUCGUCAAAAAUAUCUGUAGAAAUGAGAAAAGGGUCGUUUUAGCGUCGAGUCCGGCCAGAACCGCUCAUGUUGACUAGCAACGCUGAGCUGACUAUUAGCAUUAGCAACUAAGGGCAACGUAAAUCACGUGACCACUGGGUGCUUUGAUUACGUCACGUGACCACUGAUGACGUCACUACUAUGCGUCGUCAUAUAAAGGUCAAAUCAGAUUCCAAAUAUCAGUGUGAACAGAUCACAGCUCCAGGGCGGUUGCGUUACAUAAACGUCUCUUCUGACAGUAUUUAGAAGGACUCAUUCUCUUGCUGACAGGAACUUUGUGAGUAGCAUAUCACAGUCAAAAGCUGAAAUCAAAUCAGUUUUAAUAGACAAUCCAUAUUUUGAACUUGAUAAGAUUCAGUUAUCAGUCACCAGUCUUUCAGCUGCAGGAUUCAGAACUGGAAGACAGCCAAUUAAGCUAAAAUGGCUCUUAACUUUGACAAAAACGAGAUCAUUACCGGGCGAUGUGGAGUUUAUAUUCUUCAGAAAUUUCUGGGAAACGGUGCUUUUGGUGCGGUUUACAAGGGUUUAAAACAGGGAACAGCUGAAGCAGUGGCUCUGAAGUUUAUCACCAUGGAUGACCGUGACUCAGCUCUCAGAGAAAUCAAUAUAUUGUCAGAACUCAGAGAACUCCAGGACCACCAGAACAAUCUGAUUAAGUUCAUCGAUUUCUUUGUUUACAAUGGUGUCUUCUGUUUAGUGUUUGAGAUGCUAGACAUGGACUUAUAUGACUUACUGAAAAUGAGACAGGAAAAACCACUAGAUGUCAGUGAAAUUCGGGUGGUUGCCCACGACCUGCUGGUGGCUCUGAACGCACUGAAGAAUGCUGGAGUGACUCACGCAGAUAUAAAACCAGACAAUAUUAUGCUGGUUAAUCAUCAUUCGCAGCCUUUCAGAGUCAAGCUGAUAGAUUUUGGGCUUGCUAUGGAAACACACGAUCUACGGAACUGUGACGUCAUACAGGUGUGUGGUUUCAGAGCACCAGAGGUGAACUUAGGUCUCCCUCUGACUGAAGCCGUUGACAUGUGGGCUGUUGCCUGUACACUGUCCUACAUCUUUCUUGGAGAUUUUAUUCAGAAUCCUAUUUGUGAGUUUAACAAUAUGAGGCAGAUCUUUAAGCUCCACGGUCUGCCUGACCAGGAUUUACUUGGCAAGGGAACAAAAGUGGACCGCUUUUUCAUUUUUGACCAGUCAAACCAAACUUGGAGAUUUAAAGCACCACACGAGUGUACAGAGAUGAUAAUGACUGAUAUCGAUAAUGAGUUAGACUCUAUCGAUGACUUUUUAACGAUUCAUCCAGAAAUACAAGACCCCCUUGAGUUAGAAGAUCUGCAGUCAUUCAUAGACCUCCUGAAAAAGAUGUUUACAGUGAAUCCCUCAGAGCGUAUCACUCCAGAAGAAGCUCUAAAUCACAGAUUUAUAACAAUGAGCCACCUUCCUCCUACCAGCAAUAACUCAUAUGUGAUAUCGGCAUAUGAAAAAAUGAAAGUUUAUCGAAUGAAGAAAGAAGAACCGAUCAUAUCCCCUGAUUUCAGUGUAAGACAGACUGCUGACAGAAAAUCAGAUCUCUUUGAUUUUAAUCCAUCUGAUUAUGAUCUGUCGGACUCAGAUCUCUCUGAAUUAGAAGAUUCUGACUCUGGUCUGUUUGAAUCUGGUCUGUCUGACUUUGAUUUAUCAGAUUCUGAUCUGUCUGACUUAGAUACAGAUGAAGAAUGUAAUGAGCCAGCGAACACAUCAGAUUUUCAACUCCUUAAGAUUCAGGAAGCUAAUUUAUCAGAUGUGAAGCUGAACGAUUCAGACCUGGAAGGCAGCAGAAGAGACAGACUAGAUGAAACAUCGUUUGAAUUAUACAAAGAUCAAACAAUCACUGGGGAAUCAGGAGUUUAUAUUGUUCAAAAAUUUCUGGGUCGUGGUGCUUUUGGACAAGUGGUCAAGGGUUUAAAACAGGGGACAGAUGAAGUGGUGGCUCUCAAAUUUUUCCACAAAGACGACAGUGAAUCAGCUACCGGAGAAGCCACUAUAUUGAACCAUCUCAGGGAGCUCCAAGCUGACCAGAAGAAUCUGAUUAAGUUAAUCGAUCACUUUGAAUAUAAUGACAGCUUCUGUUUAGUGUUUGAGAUGCUAGACAUGGACUUCUAUGACUUACUGGAAAUGAGACAGGAAAAACCACUAGAUGUCAGUGAAAUUCGGGUGGUUGCCCACGACCUGCUGGUGGCUCUGAACGCACUGAAGAAUGCUGGAGUGACUCACGCAGAUAUAAAACCAGACAAUAUUAUGCUGGUUAAUCAUCAGUCGCAGCCUUUCAGAGUCAAGCUGAUAGAUUUUGGGCUUGCUAUGGAAACACACAAUCUACGGAACUAUGACGUCAUACAGGUGUGUGGUUUCAGAGCACCAGAGGUGAACUUAGGUCUCCCUCUGACUGAAGCCGUUGACAUGUGGGCUGUUGCCUGUACACUGGCCUACAUCUUUCUUGGAGAUGAUAUUCACAAUCCUAUUUGUGAGUUUAACAAUAUGAGGCAGAUCUUUAAGCUCCACGGUCUGCCUGACCAGGAUUUACUUGGCAAGGGAACAAAAGUGGACCGCUUUUUCAUUUUUGACCAGUCAAACCAAACUUGGAGGUUUAAAGCACCACACGAGUAUACGGAGAAGAUAAUGAACGUUAGCGAACGCCGUGGUAAUGAGUUAGACUCUAUCGAUGACUUUUUAACGAUUCAUCCAGAAAUACAAGACCCCUUUGCGUUAGAAGAUCUGCAGUCAUUCAUAGACCUCCUGAAAAAGAUGUUUACAGUGAAUCCCUCAGAGCGUAUCACUCCAGAAGAAGCUCUAAAUCACAGAUUUAUAACAAUGAGCCACCUUCCUCCUACCAGCAAUAACUCAUAUGUGAUAUCGGCAUAUGAAAAAAUGAAAGUUUAUCGAAUGGAGAAAGAAGAACCGAGCAUAUCCCCUGAUUUCAGUGUAAGACAGACUGCUGACAGAAAAUCAGAUCUCUUUGAUUUCAAUCCAUCUGAUUAUGAUCUGUCGGACUCAGAUCUCUCUGAAUUAGAAGAUUCUGACUCUGGUCUGUUUGACUCCGGUCUGUCUGACUUUGAUUUAUCAGAUUCUGAUCUGUCUGACUUAGAUACAGAUGAAGAAUGUAAUGUUCAAAAAUGUCUGGGUCGUGGUGCUUUUGGACAAGUGGUCAAGGGUUUAAAACAGGGGACAGAUAUACUCAGAUCAAAAUUGAAGAAUGCAAAAUUAGUUACACUACUGUGGAUACAGAGGAAGAUUCUCAGGAGGAAACUUCAAACUUAGCAUUCAAAGUUUUAGCGUUUAGUGUUAUUGUUUCAAGUUCAAUUCAAAUUUAUUUAUAUAGCGCCAAAUCACGACAAGAGUCGUCUCAAGGCACUUCACAUAAUAAACAUUCCAAUUCAGGACAGUUCAUUAGGCCAAUCAGAAAUAAUUUUUCCUAUAUAAGGAACCCAGCAAAUUGCAUCAAGUCGCUGACAAGUGGAGAGGAACACCCCCUUAUAACAGGAAGAAACCUCCAGAGAAUCCCGGCUCAGUAUAAGCAGCCAUCCUCCACGACUCACCGGGGAACACGAGAAGGCAGAAAACACACACGCACGCACGCACACACACACACACACACACACACACACACACACACACACACACACACACACACACACACACACACACACACACACACACACACACAGUGUUUAGUUUUAGCGUUCUAAAACUGGGUUAGGCCAUGACAGGGUUGGGGUUGGUUGGGUUCGUAAUAAAGUAAACAAAAAAAAAAAAAAAAAAAA